AUGUUAGUAAGUGAGCCUAUCUUCUCAUUAGAGGGAGAGACCACCUGCUCCAGCCCUCCAGUGGCCAACUCUGUCAAGAGUGGUGAAGUUUCUGUGUACCAAGUGGGAGACAAUGUGACCGUCACCUGCAGUCAGGGUUUCCAACUGGAUGGAGCUCAGCAGGUCACCUGUGGCCCUGAUGGCCAGUGGCACCCUCAGCUCCCUCAGUGUCUGCCUUCACCCGAGGAUAAAAGAGAACAGCCGCCCACCAAGGAACAGCCGUCCACAAAGGAACAGCCGUCCACCAAGGAACAGCCAUCUAACAAAGAACCAAGUGGAUGUGAUGUCCCUCAAACCACCAGCAACUCCAAAGCCACCCUUGCUGACAAGUACAUCACACAGACAUCUUUUGCUUCUGGUGAAAGAGUUUAUUACAUGUGUAAUGUUGGCUACAUUCGAGCUCGUGGCAGCAGAUACCGCAUGUGCAAGGAUGGAGAGUGGACACGACUGUUCCUAAAAUGUAGACCAAAGCCAUGUGGGUCUGCAGGAGAGAUUCUAAAUGGCCAGUUUAUAUAUUCUGGUGUCGUGUUUGGACACACUGCUACAGCUGUCUGCGAUGAGGGGUACAGUCUUGUAGGACGGGCAACCAGAAACUGCAUGCCUGCUGGAUGGGAUGGACGUGUUCCUGUUUGUGAAGUGAUGGUGUGUGAAGAGCCUGAAGUGACAAAUGCUGAGAUGAUAGGCAUUCAAGAGACUUACACAUACAAGGCUGUACUUCGCUAUCGCUGUCGUGUGGGAACCCUUAUUGGACAAAUGGAUAUUUCGUGUACCAAGGAUGGGACAUGGAGUGCACCUCCUCCCAAAUGCCAAGAAAUGACAUGUCCACCUCCAAAUGUGCCUAGCGCCUUCUGGAUGGGAGCGUACAAUGACCGCUAUCAAUAUAGGGAUACUAUAUCAAUUGCAUGUAAGCCAGGCUACACCAUGAUUGGCCCGAGCAUCAUUACCUGCGAGAAUGAUGGCCGAUGGUCCCCUAGCCUCCCCAAAUGUAGACGCACACUACAACAGCACUGGAGGAGCUAAUGAGCUACAACCUGCUUAAACCAUUCAACAGCAGCCAGUGGAUGAUGAUGAUAAAGAUGAUCUCUUAAGCUAACAUAAUCUACCCUCUAAAAGAAAUGCUUCUUUUAAAAGCCACCUUUUCAAUAAUGCACUAAUCAUAAUAUAUUAUUUGCUGAUGAAACUUGUAUGAACUUAUUAUACAGACAUUAAAAUUAGUUUGAAAUGAA